AAUGGAGAUUUUUAGUAAAAAGUACACAAUGAAACAACAAGUGAAGAUGAAGAUUUAUCUCUUUGUAUCUUUUUACUAUGUUUUUACAACGAUAGAUGCGCAAGAUUCAAGCAAAAGACGUAAAAUUGGUGCCAUAUUUGAUCGUAAAUCAGAACAUUUAGCCAAGACAUUUGAGUUUGAAGUUCGGAGGUUGUCGAAUUCAGACAAGGAUAUACAUUUGGAGCAAACACACGAGAUAGUCGAAUGUCAAGAUAGUUUUCACGUUAGUAAUGCAAUUUGUAAUUUAUUGGAACACAAUGUAUAUGGAAUCCUUGGAGCAUUUCAGUCAUGUGCCUUAUCAACAAUCCAGUCGUAUACGGACACAUUUAAAGUCCCCUUUAUUUCGUUAAGUAUGCCACAGCAAUCCUCUUCUCCAGACCCGUACCAGCUUUAUAUAAGACCAGCAUAUAUAAAAGGACUACUUGAUGUUGUACAGUUAAAACAGUGGAACAAAAUAUUUUACAUUUAUGAAACAGAUGAUGGAUUAGUAAGACUACAACAAUUAUAUCAAGACAUUAAUAGAAGGGAACUAGACCUAGAUAUAAUUGUAAAGCGUAUAGUUUCAGUACAAAGCUGCCACCAGAUGUUGCGAGAUAUUUAUAAUGAAAUUACAAAGGAACCGUUGAGAGUAUUUCUAGACCUAACUUCUGACCAAUCACAGGAAGUUAUAACAGCCAUUAAACAUGAUCCAGACAUCAGCAACAACAGAUUUCAUUUUCUUCUUGUUGAUUUGGGAAUCAACGACAUGAAUGCAACAGUGUUAUCCGCUGGCAUGAACGUUUCUGGGUUCAGUUUGAAAGUCCCUGAAGCAGAGCCAUGGAAUACUCAAUCACGAAAAAGGAAAACAUAUGGGGACGUACUUGUUGAAGAUGCAGUCCUGGUCUUUCAUAGAGCUUUGAAGAAACUAACUGAUCCAGUCACCCAGAUACGUAAUCCAGACGACAUGAUCAAGUGUAGAGACAAUGAACGUAGUAUUUCAUUUAGGCCCGGAAAACGUGUUUUGAAUGCUAUAAGAGAGGGAGAGUAUGAUGGAAAAAGUGAUAGUGAAAAUCCGAUAAAGUUUCAGGAAAAUGGCUGGCGAAAGGAGUUCAAGCUUCCUCUUUUCGAAACUAGAAUGAAUAUGCAGAUAGCUAAAGUAGGAGUUUUCAACCCACCAACACAACUACAGUUACACGAACCAGAGAUACAAACAGCGCCUAGACCGAAUAUAACAAAUAGACAAAUAGUUCGACGGAUAACCACAGUCAAGGAAGAUCCUUAUGUAAUGUGGACUGAACAAGGAGAACAAAUAGGAGCUACAUGUGGAAGAGAAAACUUCCAAGGUUAUAUAAUAGAUCUGAUAGAAAAAGUAUCUGAUUAUCUACAUUUUAAUUAUACACUAUGCAUUUCUGGGGAUGGUACAUAUGGCAAAAAACUGGAAAACGGCACAUGGAAUGGUGUGAUCGGAGAAUUAACCAGAGGGAUUGCUGAUAUUGCCUUUGCGGCGAUGACAAUAUCAUCAGAACGAGAAAGAGUAGUCGAUUUUACAAAACCGUUUAUGAGUUUAGGCAUCAGUAUCAUGAUAAAAAAACCAACAAAUAAAAAAGCACACACCUUCUCAUUCAUGGACCCAUUGUCCUAUGAAAUUUGGAUGUGCAUUUUGUUUGCCUACGUCGGAGUUAGUGUGGUGUUAUUUCUUGUCAGUAGAUUUAGUCCAACAGAAUGGCAUAUAGAAGACGACAGGACAAUACGAAAUGACUUUACAAUAUCAAACAGUUUAUGGUAUUCGCUUGGAGCAUUCAUGCAACAAGGGUGUGAUAUAAGUCCGAAAUCUGUUUCUGGAAGGAUUGUCGGUAGUGUUUGGUGGUUUUUCACCUUAAUUAUCAUAUCCUCAUAUACUGCAAACUUAGCCGCGUUCCUUACAGUAGAGAGAAUGAAUACACCCAUUGAAUCAGCAGAAGAUUUGGCUAAGCAGACACAAAUUCAGUAUGGUGUAUAUGAGUAUGGAACUACAGCUGACUUCUUUAGGCUGUCAAAGGUUGCCAUUUAUGAGCGUAUGUGGGCCUAUAUGACUUCUGCACAAGAUGUAUUUGCAAAGACAACAGCUGAAGGUGUACAAAGAGUACGAGAUGAAAAUGGCAAAUAUGCGUAUUUGAUUGAGUCGUCAACGAACGAAUAUAAAAACACACGAAAACCAUGCGAUACAAUGAAAGUAGGAAAUAAUUUGGAUUCAAAGGGCUAUGGAAUCGCUACACCAAUUGGAUCCGAUUUAAGAGAUUCAUUAACGCUUGCAGUACUCCACUUAAGAGAGAAAGGAGUAUUACAGUCAUUAAAGAAAAAGUGGUGGGAUGAGAGGUCAGAGUGUGGCAAACCAUCAGCUGCUUUGGAUGGCAGCGAAGCAGAGUUGAAACUAAAUAACGUAGCUGGUAUUUUCUACAUUUUGAUUGGGGGUUUAAGCCUGUCGGUAAUCAUAGCUGGAUUUGAAUUCCUGUAUAGGUCUAUCGUGGAUUCCAGAAAAUCAGAGCAAGGGUUUGGUACUAUUGUCAGAAACAAAGCUCGUCUAUCUUUCCGAGGAUCUAUGGAUUCGGGUAAUCCAGAAUCAACAACUCCUUUGAAAAAAUCUGGAUCGUCAGGAACUUAUACAUAUACAGGACCCACACAGCUUCCAGGAUUUGACCCCUAUGUUGAUACAAACACACAUACACAAGUAUGACCCCAAGCUGAAGAAUCAAACUGAUGAUUGUGAUAUUGAAUUGUUUUUUUGUUUAAUAUAUUUAUGAUAUCCGAGUAGAAGAUGUACAAUCUCAACACAUUUAAGUUGGUACUUACGUAUCCUCAUCAACAAUUAAAAUUUUAAAUUUUAAUAUAUUUAAUUAUAUUUAAUAGCAAUGCAGUAAUAUGUGAUUUAGAAUUCGUUUACGAUAUCAUAAUGUAAUCAUAAGAUUUUGAUUGUGUUAAAUGUAUCAUUUGUUUACCCUACAAUAUCAAAAAUGUAAAUUAUUAUUCAAUAUUAAAUCGCACCACACAGAGAGAAAGAGAGAUAUAAAAACAAUACUUAAAAGAAAUAUAAUGUGAAAAUCGACAAAUCAUGGUACAUUAGACAUUCAUUCCUUUACUCCAUUUACAUGUUCGACUAUAUUUGUAUACAUAUAGGUUGAUUUAUAGGUUACAAUUGCAGUCAUGAUAGAUAGAGUAAGAGGAGAAUUUUGUAGACUCCCCGUUAGUCGUAUAUACAUUCAAUUUUAAACUGUAUUUUGCACCUGUUGUUUUGUUGUUUUGUUGUUGCUAAAAGUGAUGAAUGCAAAACUUAACUUUUAUAUGUAUGCAAAUAAUUCGAAGUACUAUAACAUGUAUAAUCAAUAAGAAAACAGAAGUUGCAGAACUAACGACUGUUUUAAAAGCCAAAAAUGAAGGUUAUCAGAUAGUGAAACAAACAUGUUUAGCAAAGUUAACAUUGAAUGUUUUGGAGAUUAAUCUAAACAUAUCUAUAAUUUAACGUCUUAGUUGUCAUAAUAGUUAUGUACUAUUGUUAUUCAUUCGUUCUUGUUUAUUUUUCCAACCAAUAGUUUAUCUUUUUAAAAUAUAUUAUAUCCUGAUUUAACAAAACCAACAUUGAAAUCAUUAUUCUUUUAAGACAAUAAUGGUAAUAAUUUUUUUUUCGAGUGUUUCCUUUUCGUUGUGUGUGUGUGUGUGUGUGUAUGAAAAACUUUAUGGUAACCUUAGUGUACACUAAAUAUAUUUCUACGACAAUCCUGCAACAAACAAGAAUAUAAUCAAAAUAUUAUAAUUGAUUAAAAACAAUAUUUAAAUAUUGGCUCAUAUAAAGCUCAAAUAACAUAUUUAAGGAAGCAUACUGCUGCCAGGGAUAAAAAAAGUAUUUUGAUUUUGUAAUAGGAAAGUAAAAUAAUUAGGAAAUUUAAAUACAAGAGAUGCAGAAUAUAACUCAAUGAGAUAUUAACCCAACAACCCAAAGAAUCCAAGAACUAAUCUUUUUAACUUUAAAAAAAAACCAACUGAUACUCAUGAUCCAUGGAUUACCUGUUCAGCAAUAAUAUUAUUACUAGCAUGCCUAGAUGUAAAUCAGUUUUUGUAGGGGAAUGUAUGUAUUGUACACGUAUUUACAUGUUGCGCUUACUUAGAUAUACAAUAACAAAAAGUACAAUGGCUGACUAAAAAUAAAGGAAAUAUGACAUAGGCUUAGAUCAUUUAAAUUUUUUUUGUGGCAGUCUUUCCAGAUGUAUCUUAAGCAAUCUGAAAUGCGAGAAGUAACUCUUUGAUUAAGUUAAAGCUAUCUUCUAAAUUUGAUAUUUUGCAAAUCCGGUGAUGGACAUUUCGACGUGAAAUAACUUUUAUGUUUACUUGAAACAAAAUGUCAAAACAAAAAAUAAACUGUGUUUUGUGACACUUUUUUGUGUACAAAUGUAUCUAUGUAUAAGAAAUGUAUGCACUUUAAUUUGACACAUAUCUAAUUGUUGUUACAUUGUUUAGCUUAGACAUUUGCAAUGAAUGUGAUUGAAGGCAAUUUAAGAUUAAAAAAAACAAUACCAAGGUCACCAUACUUAAAUCGUCUUCAGCAUAGAAACAAUACGACAUUAUCCCAUUGGUAUCUCCUCAUCUUUUUCAACAAAAUCCGACAAUAAUACAGCAAAAGGACUAAACAUACACACACAAUAUAUCAUGAUUGUUGUCUAAGUGAUGUUAUUGUGUGAAGUAUAACCAAUUGUUAUAUCCGUACUAAAUAAGUGUACACACACACACACACACAUAUAUAUAUAUAUAUAUAUAUAUAUAUAUAUAUAAGUACGUCUGAACCAGUGGCGACUUAGACGAAUUAUAUAUACAUAUAUAUAUAUAUAUAUAUACAUUGUAUAUAAACAUAUAUUGGAUUGUAUAGAUUCUAACAGAAACACAUCACCCUCUUUUAAUUCAAAAUGUAUCCACACGUGACAAGUUUACCGAGCAUUCAGAAUUUGAAAAUAUACAUAUCGAAAGGGGUGCAAAAUUGUAGUCAACAGAGUAAUGUGGUUUCUCUAAUAACUUAAUGAAAAGUGCCAAGUGCAAUAUUCCAGCACGAUUAUACACGACACAAAUUUGUUUAAUCAAAGUGUGGUUUAUCAACGUUCAUCAAACUGGUUAAAACUGGAUAUUUGCCAACAGAAUUAAGGAAAUUGAUUUUUACUGCUUCUAGAUAUCUGAACAUAAAUUGUUAGUGUAAAUAUCUCACCCUUAUUCAUUUAUUCGCAUACUAGUUCCUAUCAGUCGUGUAGUCAUUUUGUACAGACAGUGUAAUAUUUCGUGACAUUCUACAUACAAAAAUAUUAUUCACUCAUUUUUAUUGGUGUUAUUCAAUUAUUUAACAUUACAAUGUUUGCACUUAUUAUGAUAUGUAUUUAUAAAAUGAAACGAAAACUAUUGUGUAAUUUGUAAUUUGUUAAAUGAUGUCACAACCAGUUCAUGAAUAUUCAAGUGCAAAGAAAACAUUGCUAUAGGAGGUAAUUGUACUGUUUAUGUCUUUCAAUAAAAUCGAAAUAGUAUAACAUUA